AUGUCUCGAAGAACAGAGGACGAUGAGGAGAUUAAUGAAUACCAUUUCGAAGAACGAAAGCAAUUCCAAGAACAACUUCAAGAGCUUGAAAAAGAAAUGAAUACUUACAAACAGCAAAGAGAUCGUGCCAAUGAAGAAAUUCGUGAAGCUCAAAUAGAGAUUGAAAAAUUAGAAGAGCAAGAGAAAAAUUGUACGAAACGUCUUCAAGAAUUAGAUGAACAAAUCCAACAUCUUAACGAAGAAAUUGCACGACUCGAAGCUCAAAUCAAUGCAUUAAGUGCCGAAAAAGAACGUAUAGAAGACGAAAGGGAUCGACAACAACAGCUAUUAGAUCAACAAGAAGAUGUUCUCGAAAAACAAAUCGAAAAACUUCAAGACCUUCAAGAUAAGAUUCGUGAAUAUGAAGAACAAUUAGAAAAUCUUGCUGAAGAACAAGAGAAAUUAGAAAGAGCUAAACAAGAACUUGAAGCACGAAUAAAUGAACUCAAUCGUCAAAUUCAACAUUUAGAACAAGAAAUCAAAGAAACAAAAGCAAAAAUUCAACAAUUGCAACAAGAGAUCGAUCGACUUCAACAAGAAAUUGAACGAAUUGAAGAAGACUUACAGAAAACGCUUCACGAUAUUCAAAGAGUUGAACAAGAAAUUCGUCAAACACGAGAGAAAUUCUCUCAACUUGAACGGCAGCAAGAAACACUUAAAAUUGAAUUUGAUCGAAUUGAAGAUUUAAUCAUACGCAUUGAAAAUGUCAUUGAAAUGAAACGAAAUCAAAAGGAAGAAUUCGAAGCACUUAAACAACAACUUCAAAAUGAAAUUAAUGAGCUUAAACAGCGUCACGCACAAAUCCAAGCAGAAGUUCAACGUUUACAACAAGAAGUCCAAACAGAAAAAGCGUCGUUUCAAUCAUUAAUCGAUCAAGCCGCACAAAUGAAAAGCGAAAUGGCUGCUCUGCAAAAAGAACAACAUGCACUCACCUUGGCUACUCAAUUACUCAAACAAAACUUGGAAGCCAAACAACAUCAUUUAACCCAAUCGAAACAACAGGAAGCAAGUCUUGAUCAAAAUUUGAAAGAAAAAGAAGAAGCAAUAAAUCAAUUUGAACAGGACAAAAUGAAGAUGGAGGAGAAAUUAAAACAAGAUACAAAUGAAUUAAAUCGAACUCAACAAGAAUUUCAGAAAAGUGAGGUUGAACGAAAUCAAUGUCGAGCAACAUUAAAUCAAGAAAAGAAUAAUUUACAAUCCCGACAAGCAACUCUAGCUAAUGAACAGAAAAAACAAACCCAAGCGGAAAAUAAUCUUCGACG